AGGCGGCGCCUCCCUCCCUCUGCUCCAGACUGCGGCGGUUGGCGGACAGCUCUGCUUACAGAAAUGGCGGAGGGGGAGUUGGACGUGGACUCGUUGAUUUCCAGGCUUCUAGAGGUGCGAGGAUGCCGUCCAGGAAAGAUCGUCCAGAUGACGGAGGCGGAGGUGCGAGGCCUCUGCAUCAAGUCGCGGGAAAUUUUCCUCAGUCAGCCGAUCCUUCUUGAGCUGGAGGCUCCACUCAAAAUCUGCGGCGACAUCCACGGACAGUACACAGACCUGCUGAGGCUCUUUGAGUACGGCGGCUUCCCCCCAGAGGCCAACUACCUGUUCCUGGGAGACUACGUGGACAGAGGGAAGCAGUCUCUGGAGACCAUCUGCCUGCUGCUGGCGUACAAGAUCAAAUACCCCGAGAACUUCUUCCUGCUCAGGGGAAACCACGAGUGCGCUUCCAUCAACCGCAUCUACGGCUUCUACGAUGAGUGUAAACGCAGAUUCAACAUCAAACUGUGGAAAACUUUCACCGACUGCUUCAACUGCCUGCCCAUCGCCGCCAUCGUGGACGAGAAGAUCUUCUGCUGUCAUGGAGGCCUUUCUCCUGACCUGCAGUCUAUGGAGCAGAUCAGACGGAUCAUGAGACCCACAGACGUCCCAGACACAGGCCUUCUGUGCGAUCUGCUGUGGUCUGACCCAGAUAAGGACGUGCAAGGCUGGGGAGAGAACGACCGCGGAGUCUCCUUCACUUUCGGGGCAGAUGUGGUCAGCAAGUUCCUGAACCGUCACGAUUUAGACCUGAUCUGUAGAGCUCACCAGGUGGUAGAAGAUGGGUAUGAGUUCUUUGCCAAGCGACAGCUGGUGACCCUGUUCUCAGCUCCCAACUACUGUGGAGAGUUUGACAACGCCGGCGGCAUGAUGAGCGUGGAUGAAACCCUGAUGUGCUCCUUCCAGAUCCUGAAGCCGUCUGAGAAGAAAGCAAAGUACCAGUACGGCGGGAUGAACUCCGGCCGGCCCGUCACUCCUCCCCGCACAGCCCAACCUCCAAAGAAACGAUGAAGACUGACGGACGGAGACGCCAUCGUUUCCUUUUGGCUUUUCACGUCGAAUAAGAAGCGACACUUGGCAGAGAAGGAAAGCCAUUUAAAAAUGAAACGCCCCAAACAUUUAUUUUCCUCUUUAAUCUCUUGAACUGCUGUUGUACUUUUCUUCUCCUCCCCUUCCUCUGCAUCUAUGUAACAUUUUUAAAAAGCAGUGUUUCAAUAAGAGGGUCAUUCUGUAGCAUAUCUUUAUAUAUAUUUUUUGUCUUUCUUUUCUUGACAACAGAAUGACAGCCGCUUUAGUUUACCAUACGUCCUUACCCCCCCAUGCCUGUACAGACACCACAGGUAUUAAUGACGACUGCUGGGUUUUCAAUAAAUAAUAAGGAAG